AUGGAGUGGCUGUACUGGGUGGAACACGCCGUCAUGUCUCUCCUCCUGGCCGCCCUGGUGCGACUGGCGAUGACGGAGGGCUGGCAGGGCGUGCUGCGGGCGGUACUGGUCGUCCUACGCUACAUCCCGGGGGUCGGCGAGGUCAUCAACUGGGUCAUCCGCAGAAUGGCCGUGCAGUUCGCACCACAGCUGACAGGAGCACAGCAGGACGGCAGCAAGAAGGACAGGAAACCUCCACGGGUGGUGCUGCCUAAAAAAGGCCAGUCCUAUGAUGCCAUAGUUCAGGAGAUGAAGAAGUUACAGAAAGAGAAGGACACAGACCCUCAUGCUGGGAAGAUGUUCGCCUAUGUCUACACACUGGAAGAUGAUGCCUCUAAAGUACAGAAGGAGGCAGUGGACAUGUUUAUGGAGCAGACAGGACUCGGAGACGACCAUGACCGGUUUGUACGAGAAAUCUACCAGUCCUUCAUCCACACCAACGUGCUCAACCCUUUUGUCUUUCCUGCUCUCAGGCGGUUUGAGAUAGAGACAGUGAGCAUGGUGGCAUCAUUUCUCCAUGGCGAUGACCAGGUGGUGGGUUCACUGACCUCAGGUGGGACAGAGAGUAUCCUGAUGGCAGUGAAGUCAUACCGAGACAGGGCCAGGAAACUCUUCCCACAGAUCACACAGCCGGAGAUGGUUGCACCCAUCACCAUCCACCCUGCGUUUGAGAAGGCUGCGUCAUACUUCUGUGUGAAGAUGGUGCACGUUCCUGUUGGGCCAGACUUCAGGGCAGAUGUCAAAGCUAUGGAACAGGCCAUCACAGGGAACACCAUCCUGCUGUGUGCCUCUGCCCCCCAGUAUUGCCAUGGUAUAGUGGACCCCAUCCCGGAUGUGUCAGCCCUGGCUCUCAGGAGAAAACUGCCGCUACAUGUGGACGCCUGCUUUGGAGGAUUCAUGUUACCAUGGGUUGAAAAACUGGGGUAUCCUGUCCCAACCUUUGACUUCAGGAACCCUGGAGUGACCUCCAUAUCAGCAGAUAUUCAUAAAUAUGGAUAUGGGGUGAAGGGUGCGAGUGUGAUUCUGUACAAGUCCACAGACUUCUGGCGCUACCAGCUGUUCUCCUACUCCGGCUGGCCGGGGGGGAUAUUUGGGUCAUGUUCCAUGGCAGGGUCCAGGCCAGGAGGAAACAUUGCAGCAGCCUGGGCAGUCCUAAAGGCAAUGGGUGAAGACGGUUACAUGAAAACAGCUCAGGAAGUCAUGGAAACAACAGAGUUCAUGAUCAACAACAUCAGGAACAUCCCAGGCCUGUGUAUUCUAGGAGAGCCUCAUAUGACAGCCUUUGCAAUUGGCUCCAGAGGAGUCAACAUUCUGGCACUUGCUGAUGAGAUGGAGAGUAAAGGCUGGAGGAUGGAGAGGACCCAGAACCCUAAUGGUAUCCACUGUUCCAUCAUGCCUAGUCACACCAAGGUACGGGAGAAGUUCAUAGAGGACCUCACAGCAGCAGCAGAGUAUGUGAAGAUUCACAACAAGUCUUCAGAGGAAGGAGCAUCUAUGGCUUAUGGCCUGGCUGGUCAAGUUCCAGAUAAAGCUCUUGUAGAUGACUUUAUCAAGGAGAUUUACAUGGAGUUUUACACAAAGUGCUAGUCUGAUACAAACUUUGUGGUCAGUUCUUUUUUAAUUGUUGCAGUAAUUUUGAGAAUAAUAUCUUAACAACAGUCAAAUUUGUGUCAAAGAAUUACAGUGUCUGUUUUGAAUAUGAUUUUCAUACUGUCAUUGCAUAAUUUUUGGUGGUGUUGAAUGCCCGAGUGGUUGAGGUAGCGGAAACAAGAUCGAGAGGUCACGGGUUCGAUCCCUGACAAGCUGUGUCCUUGGGAAAGGAAGUUUACA